AUUUGUCAAAAGUGCGCCCUCCAAAGGCGCUAAGUCCUAGCCGCAACAACGUAAAAGGAAGCGCUCCGGCUUCCCGGCUACUUGGAGACCUCGUUUUCAUCUUCAGGGGCGACAUUGAGAGAGCAGAGAGGCAUGCCGCGGUUCGAUCCAUGGAACGUGUUCUUGAAGAGAGAGUGGAACCGGAAUUGGCCGUUCCUCGUCGGCUUCGCCAUCACCGGAGCCCUCGUCACCAAGCUCACCGCCAGCCUCACCGAGGAGGAUGCGAAGAAUUCCCCCUUCGUGCAAAGGCACAGGAGGAAAUGACACAAAAUUUCAUCGUCUUUGAAGUCACGUAAAGUCUGGGACCGCUAAAGGCUCUACUAGAGGGGUGCGAGGGACUUUAACAAAACGGCUCUACGGUACAUGGCUAUAUGCCGCAAGGCUAGACACACGUUGUGCACAGUAAGGUGGCAAUUUUGGGAAGUGGAUGACUGGCUCCAGAAGUUCCGGAAAGAUGAAGGAUGAUGGGAUGUCGCAGUCUCAAUUGGCCUUUUGCGGCCUGACGGACGGCCGUGUUGAGCGGCUGCCAUGGCUGAGCUGUUGUAUAGCCAGUGAACUUGGUCAGCUUCGGUCUUGCAUCUUGUUAGGCGUUUGAAAUAGUUGGUGUUCAAGUUUAAACUUUCAUAUGGAUAAUUUAAGUAAGACGAGGGUUUCAUUGAUUUGAGAAAUGGAUUUAAAGUUAAGAAACGAUGGUUUCUGAAGGCACUUUUGAUGUGUUUCUCUUGAAUGUGUACCAUUAGGAUAUUCAUGAAAAUCUGCAUGGAUUUAGAAAUAACUCCCCUGGUGGACACAUACGCUGUGCUUGCAACCAUGUCUGCUGGCACAUCGUUGGUGAAAGAAUGUCAAGUGUGAAGAAAAGAUUUUGGUUGACGCCUUUUGAGCAAAGCGGGUGUACAGCCUAAAAAGAGGAGGUAAAGCUACUUUUUUGGCUGGUGGCUUCUUCGAGUAUUAGUUGUUGGUGGAAGGAAGCUUGGUAUGGCAGACACGCAAGUGCUUGAUAUGUGGUUGGGCUGAGUAAGGAACUCAAAAAGAAAAAACACUGUUAUGAAAUCUGAAUCAGCAACUAAGUUGGAAAGCUACACUGGGUAUGGGUAGGACGUUUGUAUGCUUGAACACUUACUGCACAUCGAGUCAGCGAUGAGGCACAUUGGCGAAAUCAACUUGUUGAAUGACUAUAUUGUCAGAUUGGUAGGAUGCUAUUGGAUACUAGUGAGGUGCUUAGACAUGGUGGGAUGCUUUAAUUGAUUGCCUUUCCUGGUAACAGAUGACUAUGCACUUAGAUUAUUUGGAAUUUUGUUGGAUGAAAGAGAGUGGGAUCACUUAAAUGAUUGAAAGCAUAUGACUUCCAUUAAUGUCUUUAGAAGGUGCGAAUAGACGGAAGGCUAGCUGCAAGUGAAUGGUCUUGCAACAGAGCGUAGGUGGAUUAGAGAGUCAUUCCUUGGUUAAGACAUGAUUUAUUGGUGCAAAUUAGCAGUUUGUGUCAUACCCACACACAUAUAUACAAAUACAUGCACACACAAAAACACCCUCUCUCUCUAUCUCUCUCCUCUAUGUUUCUUUGCUACAUUUAAUAAAGAAAAAUAUGUUCUGUGAUUUUCAACUUCCUAAUCUUGCUCAAACUUUGUUCUGAAUAACUUAAAACAUGUUCCUCUUCUUUGUUAGCAGUGGAUUUUGUAUGUGUGUGCGGACAACGAACAAGCCAAUGCAUGUUAUAAAUGUGUCCUAUUUUACAUAUCUUUUUCUGUUAAGUUCGUUUGACAAUCAAAGGUUCUACAAUUUAGGUACAAGUUUUCAUAAUAUUCAAUGCCACCAAUGAAGUAUGUUGUUUGUUUGUGUAUGCUUAUAUUCAUUUUUGGACUAAGACAACCAAGCCUACGUACUUCUAGUGUGUUAUUUGUCACUUGGUUGUGAUUAACCUCAUAUUUCUGGUUUGCAAAAGUGAAAUCAACAUGUUGCUAAUGCUAAGUCUUUCAUUUUUGGACUUAAAACCCAUAUAAGAUCAAGUGCAGCAUAAGGUUUGGUCUUUGUGAGUAGUUGGCAAAAUCAAAGGGUGUAAACUGUAAGUAUCUUCAAGGUUCAUGACCUACUAGAAGUACAAGUCCUUUUUGUGUUCACAUAUUGACUAAUUUGGUCGGGUAGAAAACUGUUUGUGCUACUAAUUUAGCAUUCGUGCCUGCACUUAUCUAUGCUUUAUGAUCUGAAUAAUGUUUUUUGCAUCAAAAGACCCUUUGUUGUUAAAGGUACUUAUAGUUUAUUCAUGCUACAUUUAAAAGCUUAAACUUCAUUUAUCAUUAACCCCUGAAGUUACAUAUACCUGAAGAACCAUGGCUUAAAAGUAGCUGUUUUUUUCUGAAUUAUCAUGGUGCAUGAAAAUUCAUCUAGUAAUAAUAGGAGCAGUUGUCGAAAUUGGAAGUCAAAUGCAUCUGUCAAAGCCUUAAGAACACUAGUUGGGAGCAGUUGGUUUUAGUCAAUCCAAUUCGAUCGUCUAAAAUAAAAUCAAUGAGAAGGUUUAGCGAUACAACAUUUAGUGUACCAAAGUGAUAAUGAACAUAAAAUUUCAUUAUGAAUCAUGUAAACCACAUAAUGCCAAACCAUGACAAACUGAAACUUGAGUAUUUAAUAUUCCUUAAGAGUUUGUAUAUACAAUAUGUGUGUGUGUGUACACAAGCAAAACAUGUAUACCGAGUUGGAAGAAGAGAGAAACACUGAAAGAGAGUCCAAAAGGAUCUAAAGCGGUGGGGGUCCUUCAAGCAUGUUUGCAGCUUCAUAAGUUUCCAAUAGGGACAAAAAAUAGCUGUGCAGGCAUUUUUGGUACUUUAUUUUAUUUAAGAUAACUGUAUGAGUUUUAUUUAUAUAAGAAAGGAAAGAAAAUAAAGUGGCACCUGUUAACAUUAAGGGGCUCUUUGGAUGACAAACUAAAUUGUGUUUUGGAGACAGCGUUUGGGUGAUGUCAAAACUGGGUUUGUGGAAUAGUUUUGCCAAAAGUCACAAAACUCAUUUUUCGAAAAUGCUUGAUAAACCCAUAGAAAAUUGGGUUUUGCCCCCUCCUCCAGUUUUUUGUCUUAUCACCAAAAAAUACAAAUCAAGUUUUUAAAACUGCUUAAAAACUCAUUUUUUCACAAAACUGGUGUUCACAAAAUGCCGUUUUUUCUAGGGUGUCAUCCAAAUGCUGCCUACAUCAACUACUAGUUACUGAUUGGUCAGCCUAGUCAUCCUACUAGUGUCCACUGCCCAAAGUAUGUAUAGCUGACAUAAAGAGCAGGGACUGGAUGUCUGACUAGUGCAUAGGUUGAUUAGGCGAUGUGUUGGAAUGACUAGCCCCUAUUUUGAUACCAAAAAUAGUGUCAACAUCAAGAGUUUUUGGCUGUGACUGUGUGAUCGAAGGGCAUAAAUAGACUAGUUAUACUCUUUUUUGAAAGAACAAUAAUUUUAGGAUGCUAAAUAACCAGAUUAGUUGCCAUUCAACAAGCUUUAAAGUGCCAAAGUGCUUCAGAUGAUUUGGGAAGGACUGUUUGUAAAAGAUCUGAGAUUAAAGUUUGGAUUGUUGUAACAAUUGCUUAACAUAGGCUUACACCAAGCUUUUCCAUGGGCUACGACCAUAAGACUAUUUCUUUAUGGUGGGAAAUUCUGAUACAGGGACUUGAACACUAGAGUAGAAUAUGGAACUAAUAGAAAAAGGCCCGAGAAAAGUUCUAUGUGUAACUGGUUUCCAACUAAAUCUUCUUUAUGUAUAAGCUUAAAUAAGCUUAUGCUUUCUGUAUUGACUGCAUAUGGGUCCUGACGUUUGUCAAGCUUCCAGACUGAAAUUCAGAGUGAAACUUUGAUCUCCUGGUUAAUGGUUGAUGACCUUAAUACCACAUCGGUGUCAUAUUUAUAUAAAAACGUUGACAUGUAAAUGUUUAUAUCUAGUUGUUGUUUAUAUAGAUAAGUGUCACUUUAAAAUGUUUUAAUGGUAACUAUGUCAGUAAGAGAUGGAGGUUUACUUUUGCAUCAUUGAGCAAUUACUGAAUUUUGUCCCUUUUCCUUGAUGUCCUGCUGCAUUGGCAUUAUUAUUUGUUGGCUUUUAUGAGGGAUUUCUCUAGGAAUCCAUUGACCAUGACACGAUGAUAGAGGAAUUAUGUCCGUGUUAAGUUCCAGUGAAAACAGUAGGGUUGAAUGAACGAUUGGGACAAUGACAAGGAGGACUUGUUCCAUUAAAGCAUGUCCGCUACAUGGGAAUUUAUCGAUAGAAAUAGCUAGCACUUACCAACCAUACAUCUCAAUUUGGUAAUCACUUGAAAUGACACUGUCUAGCGGGGUCCAGGAUUACCUUAACUGUGGUCGCAAAUCCUAAUCUUUCACAGCCAGUUUCACUUUCUUUUGUUAUUGGCUAUCUAUAUCUGUCUCCACGUUCCAUUUCUUAUUUUUCCGGUGCUUCAGUAGUCAAUUCAAUCUGUCUUCCCUUUUUUUUGUUUCUCUAUCAAUAUGUACGUGUGAUACUCGUGCUGGUUUGACAUAUCGUG